UCUACGAACGCGCGCUUGGCGCGAGCGUUCUUGAGAAAGAAGAAAUGAUCCUUUGAGUCGCGUCGCUCGUUUUUGUACUCCUGCUGCUGCAGCCUUCGCCUGUGUCAAUGGACGAAAACUCUUUUUUGAACGAUACCAACCUGUCAUCGCUGCACACUUCUGAACCACAAGCAACGUCGACAGUUCUCCCUGAACAACGGAUUCGCCGUUCACGCCCAGCAUGCACCGACAUUGCCACGGACCUCUUUCGCAAAACCAGGGAUGACGACUCAUCUCUGGGCAUCUUAGCCAGCAAUGAUUGUCUAGAUUUCAGCCUUCUCGGUACAUCGGCAAGGUCGCCAGCUGCUGAACAGGCCGUGAUGGAGGAGGCACCUUUGAUGAGUUCAAGCGCAUACCUGAAGGAACGCUUUGAUGUAUCUGAUGCAGAUAUUGAGGCUCAGGCUGCCCUAGGUUUCGAGGAAAGCUUCACAGAUGCUGUUGCAGAGAUAAUUGAACAUGACGAGCAGCAGUUCAACAGGGAGCAUCUUCUGGAUGCCUAUGAAGAACAUCCAUCCUGCGAAAAUGAACAGCUUGGCGAAAUUAGCCGGCCUUCGUGGAUGUCCAGCGGUGAAGAUGACCGCAUCACGAUUAGUGCGUACCUGCAAAGUCGGUCAGCACCAAUGGAUCCUGUAGAGCUAUUCUCAAAAGCACCUCCACUUGCUCAAGAAACCAAAAAGGAGUCUGCACCAGCACCAAACAAGCGAACUAUUCGUGAACUUGUCGAACAACAGCUUGGAAUGAGAAAGUCUACCUACAGGGAGCAGUGUGGCGAUGAGUCAUGGGAGAGCAGCCUAACAUCGGUGCAAUCUGAGUCGGGCAUAGACUAUUCCCUGAGGGCGCAUCCGCGAGCAGGUCAAAGGGGCCAGCCAACCGACAGGCCGGCGCCACUCGUAUCAGUCACGCGGGUUCCUCCAAGCAGGACUCUCAAAUUUCUCACAAGGAUGGUCAGUUCAAGCGCCCCUUCGAUCCCGCUCCUCGUACACGAGCAGCUCAAUUAUCCACUGGAUCCACUUUGCCUUCUACACCGAACUCCCAAUCCUCCAGCCUGGGCUCCACGUGUUCAUCGAUGGCGUCACAAAUUGCCCCACACGUGUUGGCAUCUCGCAAAAAAGACAGGUCACAGCUUCCGGUCCGCAGCAAUGUGCCACAUCUUGGCAGCUCCGUAAACCAGAACGUUUCCUCACUCAAGUCCCCGUCGACGGUUCACCGUAAAGUGUCUCCCAUUGUUUCUAAGAUCAGUCGUGGCCCUCAUAGUGUGAGCGGGGCUGUCCAGCGCUCUCAGUGUAGUGGCAAUACCGAAUUCAAG